AUGUCUCUCACAAACGGCUCACCCUCGGAAGCCGCAAGAGCAGCAAAGCUCUCUUCGCGUACCCUCGCCAUUCUCUCGACCGAAGACAGAAACUUUGCUCUCCAAUCCAUUCACGAUGCACUUUCCACCGCAAAGUCUGAUAUCUUAAAUGCCAAUGCUCGUGAUUUGGAGAUUGCGACAAAGAGUGCUGCUGAUGGAGAGUUGAGCCAGAGCAUUUUGAAGAGAUUGGAUCUUUCUAGACCCGGCAAGUUUGAGGAUAUGUUGAAGGGCAUUUUGGAUGUCAAGGGGUUGGAUGAUCCUGUUGGAAAAGUGGAUAUGCGUACAGAGUUGGACGAUGGUCUUAUUCUGCAACGUCAAUCAUGUCCCAUUGGCGUUUUGUUGAUCAUUUUCGAGGCUCGUCCUGAGGUCAUUGCAAACAUUGCUUCGUUAGCUAUCAAGUCAGCAAACGCUGCCAUCUUGAAGGGAGGCAAGGAGUCAACAGAAUCAUUCAAGACAAUCGCCACAGUCAUCUCCAAGGCACUGGAAAGCACAAAGGUCCCCAACGACUCAAUCCAGCUUGUCACAACCAGAGAUGCAGUAGACCCCCUGCUCCAACUCAGCCAGUACAUCGAUCUUGUCAUUCCUCGCGGAUCCAAUGAGCUUGUCCGCCACUGCCAGCGUAUGGCUCACAUGCCCGUUCUUGGUCACGCCGAUGGUUUGUGCCAUUACUACAUUCACCCUGAUGCUGAGCCUGAGAUGGCAGCAAGCGUCAUUGUGGACUCAAAGACAGACUACCCCGCAGCCUGCAACUCAUUAGAAUCACUGCUGGUCAACGAGGAUGCACUCAAGACUAUUCUGCCCGGUGUGGCAUCAGCUCUUCUCGCCAAGGGUGUUUCAUUGCGCUGCGAUCCCCAAUCAAAGGCUGUCCUUACAGAGACAUUGGACAAACACGAAGCCGUUAUGCUACAAGAUGCCGGCGAGUCAGACUUUGACACUGAGUUCCUCGACCUCAUUCUCGCCAUCAAGACCAUUCCUAGAACCGAAGACCCGCUAGUCGCCGUCGAUGCGGCGGUCGAGCACAUCAACAUGCACGGCUCUCAUCACACAGACGCUAUCCUCACAUCUUCUGAACAAACUGCCGACCGCUUUUGCAACGGUGUCGACAGUGCCUGCAAAUUCUGGAACUGCAGCACAAGAAUGUCAGACGGUAUGCGCUUUGGUUUCGGUACCGAGGUCGGAAUCAGCACGAACAAAGUACAUGCCAGAGGACCUGUUGGUCUGGAAGGUCUUUGCAUUCACGAGUACAGAAUCAAGGGCUCUGGACAAGGUGCAGCGAUGUAUGGUGCAGGUGGCAGCAGACAGUGGAAGCACAAGAAGCUGCCUCUCUAG